CGACAGAGGAACUGACAGACGCAUGCGCAGUGCGGGUGUCAGCGGGUUGGUUGGGCUUGUGUUUACAGCUCGGCUGGAUGCUGAUGUUGUUGGGAAAGUGCAAUGUAGUGCCAACCGCCAUUGGAAUACAUAUAACUGUGGGAAUACAGGUGAUUUUGCUCAUCAUCUCCCACCACUUCCUCCUCCCGUCUUCCAUUCAUGAGCAGCGUGGCUGAGUUUAAACAGCGGCAGCCAUGGAUGACAAGGGCUCGGUGGGGAAGAUUAGCGUGUCUUCGGACUCAGUGUCCACUCUCAACAGUGAGGACUUUGUCCUUGUGUCCCGGCUGGGGGACGAGACACCCUCCUCCACUAAUAAUGGUAGUGAUGACGAAAAGACAGGACUGAAGGUGAUUUCUGAGGAAGGGGUCAGCUUUAAGAUUGUGGGAAAUGGAAGUGAGCAGCAGCUCCAGAGAGAGUUAGAGGAUGUCCUCAAGGACCCAUCGGUAGCUGACACUGGGCUGGGAUCAGAAGCGGUGAUGGACAGCCUCGGCGGGGGCGACCACGGCCUUCAGCCCACAACGGCAUCGCCUGUUGCUCCAGGCACAGACCCCCUGAGUGCACCGACGCCACCCAAGCUGGACAUGGUCCUUCCUGUUCAGACGGCUCAGGAGAGUGAGCUCAAUGAAAGGUCGUAUCGAGCAGAUGAAUCAUCAUCAGAGGGAAGUCCAUGCAGUCCCAUCCCAGAUGAGGACAGCGUGGUGUUCAGUCAGCUGACAUAUCUGGGCUGUGCAUCGGUCAACGCCCCCCGCAGUGAGGUGGAGGCCCUUCGUAUGAUGAGCAUCCUCAGAGGGCAGUGCCAAGUCCCCCUGGAUGUCACACUGUCUGUGCCAGGCGUGUCUGAAGGCACUGUCAGGUUGCUGGACCCUCACGCCAACACAGAGAUCGCCAACUACCCUAUCUAUAAGAUCCUGUUCUGUGUGCGAGGCCAUGAUGGCACACCAGAGAGUGACUGCUUUGCCUUCACUGAGAGCCACUACAACGCUGAGAUCUUCAGGAUCCAUGUGUUCCGCUGCCAAAUCCAAGAAGCGGUGAGUCGGAUACUGUACAGCUUUGCUACAGCAUUCCGGCGAUCAGCUAAGAAGGCGAUCCUGUCAUCUCAGCAGGCUGCGCCGCUCACACCUGACAACGACUUGUUUACCUUCACCGUCAGCCAGGAAAUCAAAGAGGAUGAUGGGAAGGGUACUUUCAGUGCUGUAGCAAAGGACAAGGACAAACAGAGCUUCAAGCUGCGUGCAGGAAUGGACAAGAAAAUAGUCAUUUAUGUCCAGCAGACCUCCAAUAAAGAACUAGCUAUCGAGAGGUGUUUCGGGCUCCUGCUCAGCCCAGGGAAAAAUGUGAAGAACAGUGACAUGCACCUGCUAGACUUGGAGUCAAUGGGAAAGAGCUCCGACGGGAAGUCUUACAUCAUCACGGGAAGUUGGAACCCCAACACGCCUCAGUUCCAGCCUGUGAAUGAGGAAACGCCCAAAGAUAAGUUCAUGUAUAUGACGACAGCUGUGGACCUGGUGAUCACAGAAGUGGAGGAGCCAGUCCGUUUUCUGCUUGAGACGAGAGUUAGAGUGUGUGCCCCGAACGACAGGCUGUUCUGGCCUUUCAGCAAACGCAACUACACUGAAACCUUCUACCUUAAACUACGACAGAUGGAGCGAAAGGAGCGCAAGAGUCCCGCUUCAGACACGCUUUACGAAGUGGUGAGUUUGGAAAGCGAGACUGAGAGGGAGAAACGGAAGACGACAGCGAGUCCUGGCAUCCUGUCCACCGGGCCUGGUAGCACGGUUCCUUCCCCACCUGAGGAUGAUGAAGAGGAAGAUAAUGAUGAACCGUUACUCAGUGGCUCGGGUGAUGUGUCCAAAGAGUGUGCAGAGAAGAUUCUGGAGACCUGGGGAGACUUGUUAUCCAAGUGGCAUACAAACUUGUCCGUGCGUCCCAGGCAGCUGCCAGCAUUGGUUCGGAGCGGCAUUCCUGAGGCUCUACGUGGGGAGGUGUGGCAGCUCCUGGCAGGCUGCCAUAACAAUGACCACCAGGUGGAAGAGUACCGUACUCUCAUCACAAAGGAGUCCCCUCAGGACAGUGCCAUCACCAGGGACAUCAACAGGACAUUCCCGGCUCACGACUACUUCAAAGACACUGGAGGAGAUGGACAAGACUCCCUGUACAAAAUCUGCAAGGCCUACUCUGUUUACGACGAGGAGAUUGGCUACUGCCAGGGACAGUCCUUCCUGGCUGCUGUGCUGCUGCUGCACAUGCCUGAGGAGCAAGCUUUCAGUGUUCUCGUCAAGAUCAUGUUCGAUUAUGGGCUCAGGGACCUUUUCAAGCAGAACUUUGAAGAUCUUCAUUGCAAGUUCUUUCAACUUGAGAGACUCAUGCAGGAAUAUAUCCCAGACCUGUACAACCAUUUCCUGAACGUGGGUCUGGAGGCUCACAUGUACGCUUCUCAGUGGUUCCUCACCCUCUUCACCGCCAAGUUCCCUCUUUACAUGGUCUUCCAUAUCAUCGACCUGCUACUGUGUGAGGGCAUCAGCGUGAUCUUCAAUGUAGCCUUGGCACUUCUGAAGACAUCAAAAGACGAUCUGAUCUCAACGGACUUUGAGGGUGCACUUAAAUUCUUUCGUGUCCCCGUUCCAAAGAGAUAUCGUUCUGAGGAAAAUGCAAAGAAGCUGAUGGAGCUGGCCUGUAGCAUGAAGAUCAGCCAGAAGAAGCUGAAGAAAUUUGAGAAGGAGUAUCACACAAUAAGGGAGCAGCAGGAGCAACAGGAGGCCCCCAUUGAGAGAUAUGAGCGUGAGAAUCGUCGAUUGCAGGAAGCCAACAUGCGUUUGGAGCAGGAGAAUGACGACCUGGCACAUGAACUCGUCAGCAGCAAGAUUGCUCUGCGCAAAGAUCUUGACAACGCUGAGGAGAAAGCAGACGCUCUGAAUAAAGAGCUGCUGCUGACCAAACAGAAACUGGUGGACUCAGAGGACGAGAAGAGGCGACUGGAGGAAGAGUCUGCACAGCUGAAGGAGAUGUGCCGACGAGAGCUCGAUAAAUCUGAAUCAGAGAUAAAGAAGAAUGGCUCCAUUAUAGGAGAAUAUAAGCAGAUCUGCUCCCAGCUGAGUGAACGGCUGGAGAAACAACAGACGGCCAACAAAGGGGAGCUGGAGAAAAUCCGGUCUAAAGUGGAGGGCUGUGAGAAGUGCAGCAGUCUUUUCAACAAAGAGGGACGUGUGCGGGCCGCUGUGACCUCAGCACCUGCAGGGGGGACGGAGGAGACGGACGAGGAGAAAGAGGAUUUGAAGAACCAGCUGAGGGAGAUGGAGCUGGAACUAGCUCAGACCAAACUACAGCUGGUGGAGGCUGAGUGCAAAAUCCAGGACUUGGAGCACCACCUAGGUCUGGCCCUGAAUGAGGUCCAGGCCGCCAAAAAGACCUGGUUUAACCGAACGCUCAGCUCUAUCAAGACCGUCACCGGGACCCAGGGCAAGGAGACCACCUAACCUGAUCACCACCUAUCAUCCAGUUUUUACCCAGAUCCUGUCUGGAGUUCACACUGAAACCUCUGGACGCCUAACUUAACCCAGCGGGCCAUAACUUAAACUCAAACACUGACCAUUAAAUCCCAGGAUGCCCAUAACUACAGAAUGUGUUUUCCUGUCCUCAUGUUUCCCUCCUGAUCUAAUCAGCUCCGUUUAUUCUUCUCGUCUUCGACCCGAAUGACUACAGCACACCACGCUGAUGAGAAAGGGUUGAAAAACACAGUGGAAGUACAACGGUACCACUUUCCCCAGAAGAACAAUGCGCUUCCACUGGUCACAGAAAGAAAAGCAUUAUAAAUAAAGCUUCAUUUAUCUCUGUCUUUGUACUGCUGAUGUUAAAGCCCCGCAGAAGGAAGGUAGGACAUCUGAACUGUGUCUGUCCUGACGGGAUAGAGAAGAAAACACUCCGUCCUUCCUUACUUUUCUGUGCGCUGCCCUCGAAACCACUGGCACAAAACAACCAGUCCCUGUACAAUGUUGGUUUUAGGUACGAGAGCUAAUAGACGCCUUUUCAAACUGAGCUUUUUCUAAUUUACGUUGAACGACACCUUUUUCUUUUUUCUAUGUAUGUACAUGAAUGUGCUUAUGUAAAGAGGAUACGUGUGUGUGUGUUGAAGUGUGCAUGUUUUUUUGUUUUGUUGUUGACUGUGAGGUGGUCAUGUGAGCGUGACAAAAAUGUGAGUGAAUGCAUCAAUAGUUGACUGAAUAAUGAUGUGUGUAUAAAGGAAAGCGGGCGAGAGCGCGUGGAGGUCCAAGGGAAAGAAAAAGCACUAAGGUUACGAGUGUGAGCAUGCAUGCAAGGGAAUUCUUCCUGGUUGUCUCCUUUAAUGUUCAGAUGUGUAUGUGAAUGAUGCUAAAGAAAAGUUUGCUGACAAAGCCUUGAUGUAAAGGUCGAUAAAGAUGAAACUAUUGGACUAUAUGAAUAUAUCAUUGCAGUGAGAAGAGUCUGAAAGCAUUGCAGCCGUUGUGAUUUACAAAUCCCUGACAUGAAUAUGCUCGAGGUGUGUUUGGUUUGGAUCUCUCAGCACAAAGAAACUUAAAAAGCUCCAAACCACACCAACCUCUGCAUGUGUUAAACAGUCCGUGUGUAUGCUAGGGGCCCCUGUCUUAAACCUGAGUGGCGCAACUUUUAACAAACCGUAAACUAACUACUAGGUGGAUGCAAAAUGGAAAAACACAUACGCACACACAAAUGUGGAGCACUGGAAUUACUGCUGCACUUGAACACACCCUUAAAAACCUUGACCUCCCUUUUCUCCUGGCGCCAGCUCCUCCUGACCUUUGACCUCUGGCAGGGCCAUGCUCAGAUCUUUUUAAAGCAGGUUUGCAGGCUGUGUUUGUGUGAACUUUUCACAGCCCAGUGCAACAUUUAGCUACAAACACACACACUGAAAAACACUAUCUGUUAAAAAGGCAGGCACACAAUAACACGGUAGCCACUGUAUAUGGAACACCUGUGCAUUAAAAUAGCCAGUGUAGACAACAUCUUGAGGUUCGUACUUUGUGUGAAGCUUUAGAACGUUUUCAGGUUGACCUGAAAAAUUGUACAAUUAUUGGUGCUAGAAAAAGAAUAAGAUCUGACAGUGAUAUGUCAAAAAACAGCCUGAAGAACUAACCAACAGAGAGGCCCAGAGUGUGUCAAACUACGUGGUCGUGGCCACUUGGUUUCAAGAGAUCAGCCAAUGGGUACCUUUAACCUGUAUUGUUUCUAAUCACCAGUGGGGGGCGUGUCCCUGAUUAAAAAAUUAAGUCAGUGUAGAAAACCAAAUGAGAGAAUACCGUAACUUCAUUCUUAAUUUUACUUUUCAACAGCACUAUUGUUUCAAUUGCUAGUUUUUAAAUCUGCUUCAAAACCAGGAUUUUUCAAAUGAUUUUCUAACGAGGGUCCCAGUUACAGAAGAAUGGAAGAUUUAGCAGGUUAUGCCUUUUGCCAAUAUCACCUGGGAUCUACAACUUCCUACUACUGUGAUCUGUCAACCUAGCAAGCAUCAUAGCAUUGCAUGUCCAACUCCAGGAAACAGAGUAACUUGAUGUUGAAGAAAUUAUUCCACAAACAAAAGAGUUGUCACAGUGCUAAUGUCCACCUCUUGUGUUACAGUCUAUUUGAAGGACACAGGGACACACAGACGCACAACAGUGACUUGCUAAGUGUUGGGUUUGAUUGAGAAGAUGAAGAAGCAGUACACGAGGCAGGGGAAAGUAAACACCGAGUGAUUCAUAACAAAAAUGCAAAAACAAUGCAGCCCUGUAGUUACUAUGCUAUAUCAGUGGACCUCUAAUAGUAAAAAAUAGGAUUGUUCAAAGUCAUCAGACUGCCUCAGAGUUUAAAAGAAUUCAUGCUGUUGUGGUGCAUCUCUUCCUGGCUCACAUAACUUAAUGAUGGAUCCAGUGACAUGACAUGAAGUCCUGUUUUUUCUGCACUCGUCUAAAGUCUUAAAAAAUGACCAGAGCAGAGUGUUCCAAAACAUCUGCAGGCCCUGAUAAUAAAACUAUCCAAAUCCCUGGGAAACGCUGUCAACACUUCCACGAGUUCAUGCCGUAAAGGAUUUAAAAAGCAAAUGUUAAACAUUGAAGCAGACACUCGGUGAACACACACACUACUGUGAAUGUAAGGGCAGAAAAGUCACACUCAAACUACUCCUCGCUCUGCUGACAGAAGUGUAACUCUGCACCAAAAGUGUGGAUCAAUAUCAUUUGAGUAACUCUGUGUGAGUGAUGUCACCAAAAGGCCACACCAGGGGUCAAACAUGUAAGUGGUGUAAAGCAGUUCACAGGGGGGUCAGGUGUUAAAAAGGCAUGUGUGUGUGUGUGUGUGUGUGUGUUUUGGUUUUAAGCGGUGCAGAAAGGAAGUUUAAAUAUAUUCCAGUUUCUAUUCAUACUUUGCUCGUCAUAUUAGACUGAAGACAGAACCUGAAACCUCUCUGUCUAAAAUGAACUGUUGCUGUAAAUUGCAUCAAACUUGAAGGUUGAAUCUGAUUGGCUGAAAUCUAUUUGUGAUCUCAGAGGUUGAGUCCAGAUAAGGCACUGGGUUGUAAAUAACAAACAUGAAGACGUGAUUACUGAGUUUUUGUUUAUGAUUUUUCUACUCUGUAUCUCUAACUAAUGUUGCCUACUUGUACCGACCUACCUGCUGCCGUGCUACAGUUUAAUCCACGACGAUGUUUUAUGUUUUUAAUGUUCAUCUUUUGCUCCAAGCUUCUCAGUCAGACUGCUGUUUGGUUUAUUAAAUGCCAAAACGUAGCUUUAUCAUCCAACAAGAAAAACAUUAUCAACGUGUGGGAAUUGUAAUAGUGUAGGAUGCAUUGUGUAUACUUCAUGAAUUUCAAUAUAAAGAUAUCAACACAAGAAUAAA